AUGGCAAUGGUGAUGAAAAGCUCCGAUGAUGAAAGAGAAGAAACACAGCCAAUAAUGAGCCACUUCAGCCACCGGCACCCUCUCGAGGCGUCGGAGCUCCACGUGGACGUGGGCCCCGCCCCGCCUACGUGUGCACCAAGGCCACCUGCCACUUCCUCCUCCACGGCCUCUGCUCCGACCUCCCCCGCCCACACCCUGUCCCUCCUCCCCUCGCCGCCGUAUGGCGAUGGAGAGUUCACCUACCACUGCGGCGCGUGUGAGUUCGACAUCCACGUGGAGUGCGCGUCGCUGCCUGAGGUCGAGGACAGGACAGGAGAGAUGUACAUCAGCAUGCUUUGA